UAGAAAUGGCAGAUCCUAUAGCAGAUGCCACAGGCUUUCCACUUAAUAGCGAUGAGAGCACUGUCAUCUUACAUCUUUACCCAGCAAGUCAGAGUGGCUCAGACACAGAGGAAGAGGUGACUCAUAUGAAUGUUGGACCAUUGAAAUACUCAACUACUCUAACCAAUCGGCAGCGUGGAAACAUGGUAUCUGUAUUGCCAGCCACAUUGGACUCCCUAUCAGUACAUCAGGUUGCAGCCCAGGGGGAGCUAACUCAGCUCAAAGAAUAUCUGCAGAAAGAUGACACAUUACUAAAUCGACCAGAUGAGCGUGGUUUUACUCCUCUAAUGUGGGCUGCUGCUUUUGGAGAGAUUGAAACUGUUCGUUAUCUCUUGGAAGUGGGUGCUGACCCCCACAUCCUGGCCAAAGAACGAGAAAGUGCUUUGUCCUUGGCCAGCACUGGAGGCUAUUCUGACAUUGUGACGCUGCUCCUAAACAAGAAGGUAGACAUUAACAUCUAUGAUUGGAAUGGAGGGACGCCAUUACUGUAUGCUGUAAGAGGAAAUCAUGUGAAAUGUGUGGAGGUGUUGCUAGAGAGAGGAGCUGACUUAACUAUGGAGGCAGAUUCUGGAUAUACCCCAAUGGAUCUUGCUGUGGCAUUGGGUCAUAAAAAAGUCCAACAGGUCAUUGAACAUCACAUCCUGAGAUUGUUUCAGAGUCAAGUGUGA